AGUGCAAAAUUGUCUAAAGUUUUCACUCGUUUUUGGAACGAUGUCUGCAAAUAGUUCAAAUAUCAUUCGACCAAUUUCUGUAGUUCCUACUGAUACAUCAAAAAACACUACAGGAUUAGCAGGAUGCCUUAAUUGGGACUGAAUUUGAUUCCAAUUAGGCAUUAUAAGUAAUUUAUCACUAUAAUAGAUUCAAAUGAAAUUUGUUUUGCUUUCAGGCGGGCGCAUACAUUUGAUAUAAAUCUUCUUCGUUUUUUAUAUAUGUUAUUUUCAUCUACUAUUUGGAAUUAGUGGUGGAUGUGCUCCAGCAAAUAUCAAAUGCUUAAUUGUAUUUUUCUUAUGACCUCGCAACAUUUAUUUAUCAGAUAAUGAAAGUGAAAGUGAAAGUGAAGGAUUAAGAUCGAUAAGAAUACAAAUAUUUGUAUGCAUAUAGGUGUGUGGAGGUGUGCCUCAAUAGGAGAUCAUUACCUCUUCCUCAUAGUGAUAAUUUCUUAAGGUGUCUGAAGGAUGUUAAACAAUGGGUCCACAACAGAAUAAUGAGGAUUUAUACAAUCCAAAUCUAUUGAAAAAUUUGAAUUGGGGGUCUGUAAAGUCCUUCCUAAAUCCAGAAAUAAGUAGUGAUAAUCCUGGAGAGUCAUGGAUUGUUGUGAGGCCAUUAAAAAUAUCAGAUUAUGAUAAAGGAUUUCUACAAAUAUUAUCUCAGUUAACAACUGUUGGAAACAUAGAAAGAACUGACUUUGAACGUCAAUUCAGAAACAUGCAAAAAGCAGGAGGUUAUUAUGUAACAGUCAUUGAAGACACCAGAAGUAAAACUAUCAUUGGUUCCUCAACAUUAAUAACUGAGUAUAAAUUUAUACAUGGUUGUGCUUUGAGAGCUCGAUUAGAAGAUGUAGUUGUGAAUAACACAUAUAGAGGGAAGCAGUUAGGAAAAUUGAUAGUACUAACUGUAACUCUUCUCGCAAAAAAAUUGGAGUGUUACAAAAUGUCUUUAGAUUGUAAAGAUCCACUUAUUGCAUUUUACAAGUCCUUGGGAUAUAAACUUGAGCCUGGAAAUUCUAAUUCUAUGAUGAUAAGGUUCGAAAAUACAGAUCCAUCCUGACAAUUAGCCACCAAUGCUUCCACAAUAUCAAAACUAUAAAUAAGUAUGCAAAAAUUACUUUUCAUGUAUUUCUAUACGGCUGAUAAAUAAUUUUUUGCAUAUGAAACUUUUUCUACAAUUGUUUUUAUUUAAAUAAAAAAAACUAUAAAUAUAUGAAAAAUGAAAUGCGAGAUAUACAAUUUGGUCAAAAAUGAUGAUGUACAUUUAUUUCUAGAGCUGGUACACCCAUAGAUAAGAGUACUGCUUCUGCAUACUUUAUUUUUAAUUGAAAAUCAAAUUGUUUGAAAUAUAUGCGUUUUUUAUUACAGAUUUCAUGUUUUGGGAUGUUUAUAAGACAGUAAGAUAAUAGAAUUUAAUCUUCUACCUUGUCCCAAGUAUAUGGGUACUUUUGGUCGACACUUAGUUAGUCACAUUUUUUAAUAAUUGUUUAUUUAGACUUUUUUGUGCAAAGGUGCUUUUCAUAGUUAUCACUAUUUUCAAUGUAUUAAAUCUCGAAUGUGUAUAUCCUAACGUUUUUGCAAUAGUUUUUGAAUACCCUUUUUGUAUAGAAAAGUCCACAAUUUGAAAAAAAUUCCUUUUAAUAUUUAAAAUUUUUAAAAACGUAACGUGAUAAUCCUCACUCUCCAAAACUACACUGUAUUCAUGUGGUAUGGGUCAUAUGAUGACAUGAAAUUAUUUCCCCUAACAUUUUAUACUAAUCGCAAUAAAAACUUUUUCGCAGAUAUUUGAAAAUAUAUUUUUACAAAAGGUUUUUAGUACAUUUUUGAAGUAUCUAUCCCCAUACCAUUUGAAGGGUGGUUAGGUUUUAUUUAUAAUUUUUUUGAGAAAGUGCAAAUACUACUGUCAGAUCUAAAAAUUGAUAUACAAAAGUCUGCACCAACCUAUAUAAUUGUCAGUUGAGGGCUCCAGAAUAAGAGGAGUAUAAGUGCAGUUUUAUCUAUUUUGAGAGAAGUCAGAACUCAAAAAAGUACUUAUAGCCUUUCAGUCCCAACUUUUUAUUUAAAAAACUCUGAAUUCAAAUCUUUAGUACACAAAAAUAUGCUUUUAUUUUAAAGAAAAAUACAUAAUCUGGAGGAGAUUGUAUCUGCACGUAGUCUAUUACUAUUCGUAAUUAUUGUAUAUAAAAAUGGUAACUGUCCAUUAUUUUUCAUAUCAUAGGUGAACUUUAUAGAUGGAUAUUUUGAAUUGAGUUUCAAAAUGAAUCCGUCUACGUUUGCCCAAUUUCCUGUGAGCCUCGACUAGCGACUGUUUCAUCCCAUACAUACAUGUUUGAUUGUCCUGUCCCAAGAUUGUUUAUACAAAAAUUGUUUGUCCAUAAAAUGCCUUUCAAAGUUUGAGCACUUGAUUUUUCUGAGUAUUAGUAAGUUUUAAGAAAAUUUAUGUAUAUAUGAAAUAUAAAAAUAAAUUACUUACCUUAAUUUUCUAUGGUAAGUAGCUGAUUUGUAAUAUUUAUUUGUUUAAUUAGCUUGCUAGCACGCAGUACGAACACGAAAUGUAUCAUCUGACACACAAAUACAUGUAACUGGAUAGCAAAAGCAAUAUGCAAGUCGUCGUAGCCCGUAGGAUUCUUAGCCAAACAAAUUGAAGUAUUUUUAAAACGCAAAACAAUUAUUUUCAUAAAUAUAAAAUUCAACUCAAUUUUAAAACUUGGGCCUUUUGAAAAACGUCGCGGGACAAAUUGUGAAAAAUCGAGACUCUCCCGCCACAAGCGGGACAUCUGGUGACCUUAGAUUUGAGUCAUUUUCUUUUGAAGGUUGUGCCUUUUCUGCUCCUCUGAGGUGAGCCAUAUGCUAUCUUAGCAUCUUCAACUUUUCCUGCUUCCUAAGAAAGUUUAAUGAUAGUAGUAAACUAUUACACUUACUAAAAGUUUCAGAAUUAGAGCGGUGGAAUUUUAAGUUAAAUUCUGUAUUAAAAACAUCGAUAAUAAGAGUGUUUAAAGGAAUCAUGUUUCUGCCCUUAUAGUGUUAAAUAUACAAAUCGUACAUUUUUUAUCUGGUGAUAAAUAUUGAGUGUUGAAGUUGGAAUUUUUGAAAUAAUGACUCCGGUAUUUUGGAACCAAUUUUAUGUGCACAAUGAUCAAAUUUCGUCUUACUGGAAUCAUUUUUCUGGCAAAACCGCCUCGUCUCGGGUUCCUAUAGUAUUCCUACUACACUCAAGACACAUAUUUCACUUGUAUCAGUUGUAUCCCAAACAAAUUUUAACUUUAAAUUUUGAUAUAUGCCCAUAUUUCCAAAUUAAAAAAUGGCAUAUGUGCCCUUUUUAUUCCAAGAUACAAGAUAGAUAUGUGCAUUUUUAAUUCUUAUGCUAUGAUUAUUAGAAGCGUUUACAUUAAGUUAAGGUUGAAGUUUGAUAAGAGGAAUGAAUUGCUGUAAUUCACACAAUAAUAAGUUGUAGAUCAUUCGAAUUUAUUUCUAAUAGAGACUUUACUUGCAUUUUUAAAUCAUCAUUUACGUUUUGAAUGUAUGGAAUGGAGAAUUUAUAAUUAUUUAGAGUAUAAAAUUAUUAUAGAGAGUGAGGAUUAUUAUUAUUAUUAUAUAGUGUGUGCAUUAAAUUACAUUAAUUCAUUCAUUUCAUUUAAAUUUCCAAACAAUUUUUGGAGAAAAUGUAAAUUUUGCUGUAGAUCUAUUUUGCUUCUAAAAUAAAUGACCAAAUUAGUAAUUUUUCUUGACCCUUCCUAAAUCCGAUGCUGUAUAUAGAUAUAAAAAUUAAAAAUUUAUUUUAGAAGGUUUCAAGUACUAUUAUUUGGUCUCCUUUUAGUUGAUUGUAGAAAAAGUAUGUUUUGAUUAUUAUAAAUAUUCCAUCUUUCAUUGUGGUUGCAUUGGUUACUCGGAAAAUGUCUAAAACUAAUGAAUAAAAUUCAAGUUUUAUUAAA